AUGCGUCCACUGAACACACUCGUUUACACCUUUGCCCUUCUCGCUACCCGCGGGUACGCACAAUCCUGCGCCACGGACUUCGACUGGUCUAGCCUCACUCCCGCAUCUGACCUGGAUUGGGUCUCUUGUUAUACCUCCCCGUUGGAAUGCGCCCGGCUUGAGGUACCUCUCGAUUACAAUGACACCAAUGGCGCGAAAGCUGCCAUCGCGGUCAUACGCAUCCCUUCGGGGGUGCCGGCGAACUCGACGGAAUACCGCGGCCCGCUCCUCUUCAACCCGGGUGGGCCAGGUAAUGGCGGUAUAGAUACGGUCCUGCAAGAAUCGGCCUUGAUACAAACCUGGAUCGGCGCAGUGGCCAGCGCUUAUGAUUUCGUGACAUUCGACCCUCGCGGCGUCGGUCGCUCAACCCCUCAGAUCCAACGCUUUCCUGACGCGCUUUCUAGUGCGUUGUGGGGAGAGACCUCGAUAGCUUCGAUUCUCCCGGCGCUUAGUCUUCCCGGGAACAUCGGCCUGACCAUUGCGAAGGGAGAAGUGACCAACGCUAUUACCGGGCAAGCCGCUUCGUCGUACCUCCGGUACAUGAACACGCCGAACACAGCCACGGAUAUGCUUCAAAUUCUGGAGGCUUACGGCCAGGAUAAGCUGACGUAUUAUGGUCUGUCAUAUGGCACGACCCUCGGUAUGACUUUCGCUCAGCAGUACCCGGACAAAGUCGACCGGAUGAUCCUCGAUGGUGUCAUUGAUCUUGAGGCGUACUAUACCGGCAACUUCACGGCGAGCAUGCUCGAUACCGACAAGGCACUCGAUGUAUUCUUCCAAGCGUGCUACGAGGCAGGACCGGACACCUGUGCCUUCUACGACAGCUCGUCCGCUCAGAUUUCUACGAACUUCGAUGCGCUCUUUGAUCAGCUGAAGAACGCACCAUUGCCGGUCUUCGUGAACGAGACAACCUACGGCAUCGUCGACUACUCGACCGCACGCCAGUUCGCGCGUGCAUCUCUGUACAACCUCUUCGGCCAAACGUUCUCCGCGCUUUCUGAAGGACUUGCAGCCGCACAGCAGGGCAAUGGUUCCGUGCUUUAUGCGCUCGGAGGCUCGCCAAAUACGUUCACAUGCGACUGCGCGAACGCGACAAGGACCAACAACGCCGUUGAUGGCCUCGUGGCGAUCGAGUGCAACGACGCAGUCAUCCCGCAGAGGACGUACGAUCAGUGGCAGGAGUACUACGAGGACGCUGCGAACGUGUCGAAGCUUUCGGAGGUCUGGGUUGGACUGGGGAUGCGCUGCUCGGAAUGGCCGGUAUUAAAUGAAGAUAAGAUCUCCCCGACGUCUUUCGGCGCUACGAAUACGAGCUCCCCAAUCCUCUUCGUGAGCAACACUAUCGACCCCGUUGCACCGCGCUCUGGCGCCGAGAAGAUGUCCGCCCUCUUCCCCGGUUCCGGCCUCUUGGUGCAGAACGCGACUGGGCACACAUCGUUCUCAGCCACUUCUAUUUGUACUCUCGGGACCGUCGCCCAAUACAUUGCUAACGGUACUCUCCCGGCGGCGGGAACCGUUUGCCAGGUGGACAGCACUCCCUUUCCUUAG